GCCAGUUUCUCGCGAGUGGAGUCGCGCGCGACUGUCGAGCGAGCUAGCAGCGUGGCUCAUCGCGGAGUGCCUAGUGAUCCAAGUGAUCCGAGUGAUCCAAGUGAUCCAAGAUGACGGGUUCGCCGGUCCGACCCCGGGUUCUCGUCGGCCUCUUCCUCGCCCUCCUAGCCAUCGCCUUGCAGGGGGUGCAAGGCGAAGAAGAGCUAGGCGCGAGCCAAGUACCAUCGGAAGUACAGUGUCGACCUUACAUCGAAAAAGCGUUAAAGGAUCUCGGUACAGGAUCUCUUGAGGAGAGUAGUGCAGAGGUAGUGCAAGGUGAAGGUACGGACGAAGAUGAUGAAGCGUCUCCGUUGAACGAACAGAAUGACGAUCCAACGGAAGCUGACAAUGAUGAUGACAAUGACAAUGACAAUGACCGUGACAACAAUGACAAUGACGAUAAUGACGGUACUGACCAGUCCGCUAAGGAAGCAUCGCUCGAAGACGAUGCUACUGGUGAAAAUAGCGUAGAAGAUGAUCGAAACGACGUUCGGGACAGUGGUGAGGACGAUGAGCCCGCUGCUGUCGAUAUUAGUGAAGAUGACGUGGAUGGCAAUGUCGAUGUUGUUAGCAGCGAGGACAAUGAUGGGAAUAACGACGGUGUCGAAACUGUUGAUUUAACGAGCUCCGAAAGCCUAGUGGGAACCCAGAGCGACGAGGUCCACGACGACGAUGACGAUGAUGACGAUCAACAGAAAGAUGAUAAAUCUACCGAAGAAGUCGACGACGAUGGCACCGAAGAAGCUGGCGAAGAACGAGAAAACGAUAAUGCUGAAGAUGCAGGUAACAGCGCAGAAGAGACGGAAGAUGUGGGUGAAGAUACUAACGAGGAUGACGAUGGACCUCAGGGGGAGUCGAAAGAGGGAGACUCGGAGGAAGAUAAAAAUAAUGCGGAUUCCGGGGAUAACGAAUCCGCGGAGGAUAAGGACGAUGAUAAUGAUAAGUCUGAGGAAGAAAUUGUACGCGACGACGAGAAUCAUUCUAAAAGCGUCGAGGACGGUGACUCGGGAGUUGCAGAAGCCGGAGAUGAACAUUCUGAAGAAGAUAAGGACGGUGCGAGUCGGGAAUCCGAAGAAAAGCAGGAUGACGAUACUCAGCAGGAUGACACUAAUGCGGAUGACGAUGACGACGUGAAAAAAGAUGUCAGCGAAGACAGCAAAGAAGAAACUAAAGAGGAUAGCAAAGAGAGUGGCAAGGAAGACAGUGUUGAAGAAGUGACUAAGGAGAGUACCGAAGGUGACGAGGAUGGUGCUGCUUCUACCGAAUCUGCAGAGGGUGAUGCCAAGUCACAGGAAAGUGUAGAAGAAACGAUCACACGGGAUCGAAGAGAAGUUGGCGACGAGACGGAAGUGGAGGAGAAAGUUGAUGACGAGAAAUCGAGCAAGGAGGGAGAUGCCGAUGAUCAGGAAAAAUCAGAUGCCGGCGAUGAACAAGAAAAUACCGAUGGUUCGGACGAGGACGAUGAAGUUGAACCCACCCCAGAAGAAGAUCUCAUCCAAGAAAUCGAAGUGCCGGAUAAUCUUAGACCAAGAGAACAUAUCAAUCAGCUACUGAAACUAGAUGAAGAAAAUGAAGAAAAAGAACGAGCUAUACAAAAAGCUGCGGAUAUUGUUCUUCGAGAUCUCAAACGUCUCUACGAUACUGCCAUUAAACCCCUCGAGACUUUAUACAAGUAUAGAGACCUCAGCAACAGACAUUUCGGAGAUCCUGAAAUAUUUUCCAAGCCACUAGUUCUGUUCAUGGGACCAUGGAGUGGUGGAAAAUCUUCAAUCGUUAAUUACCUACUCGAUAACGAAUACAAACCAACUGCGUUGAGAACGGGUGAUUUGCAAGUGUGUAUCGAAGAGCCUUGCAAACGGCUAAAUGGGACUGACGUAGGAGCCGAGCCUUCGCCUGCCUACUUCAAUAUUCUGAUGCACGGAGAAGAAGAGGAAAUUCUAGACGGAACGCAACUUGCAGCAGACUGGACUUUUUCUGGACUUCAAAAAUUCGGGCAAGGAAUGUUGGAUCGUCUCCGCGGUGUUCGUUUAAACAACAAACUCCUCGAAAAGGUCAACAUCGUCGAAAUUCCCGGAAUUCUGGAAAUUCGUAAACAAGUGCAGCGACUUUUCCCAUUUAACGAUGCCUGUCAAUGGUUCAUUGAUCGAGCGGACAUUAUAUUUCUUGUUUAUGACCCGGCAAAACUCGACGUGGGGCCUGAGACGGAGGCAAUUCUAGAUCAACUCAAGGGACGAGAGUAUCAGACCCGGAUCAUUUUGAACAAGGCCGAUCAAGUGAAGCCAGAGGAACUCAUGCGGGUACAAGGAGCACUGAUAUGGAAUAUUUCACCACUGAUGUCUAGUGCCGAGCCUCCAAUAAUGUACUCCACUUCGUUGUGGUCAUUACCCUAUGAGGCUGGUGCACCGACCAGACUAUUGUACGCUCAAGAGCGUGCAUUCCUUCGUGAUCUAAGAUCUGCGAUUGAUAAAAGAGUUGAACACAAAAUUGCCAGUGCCAGAAGAUUUGCUGUACGAGUUCGUAACCAUGCGAAAAUGGUUGACUGUUACCUGACGACUUACUAUAACCACAAGAGCUUCUUUGGAAAUAAGAAAGACAUCAGUGAUAAAAUUAUAGAAAAUCCACAGGACUAUCAUAUCUACGAAGGUCUUAGUACACUGACAAACAUAUCACGCUAUGAUUUGCCAGACCCCGAUGUCUACAAGGAUUUCUUUCGCCUUAAUUCACUUUAUGACUUUCAACAACUGAGUGCAACCUGCACGUACUUCCGUGGCUGUCCAAUCAACAGGUUGGACAUAGCCAUCGCUUAUGAUUUGCCAGAAUUAGUAGGCAAGUACAAAAAAUCGGUUGAUGCUGCUUUGCACGAGGGAGAGACAACCCCUCCCCCGAGUUGAGCUCGAUAGUACAGAGCGAGGUAGAAUGCUGGAUACCAAAGAAAAUAAGGGACGGAUUAUUUAAAACUUUAUGAUCUCUCGAUUGAAUCCAAUCCAAAAACUAACAGCCUAUUGUUUUCUCUGAAGAGAGAAAAUUAAAAGUUGCCUCUACUGCAAUUCAAAAAUAUAGGGAAAGAGAGAAAAGUGAUAUAUUGAAGCAGAGAGAACAACUAUAUUUUUAAUGAUAUCCAGCACCGCUUGCCUAUGUACUCAUGGGUGCUUGAGGUUCCAGUGGCAUGAGUAAGCAGCUUCGGAGAUGAGGAGUGGCACACUGGCAUCCAUGACUGAGAGCGUAAAGGAAUAUCGGACCGUUAAAUAGAGGGCACAAAUCUUAUUACAUGUAAAACAAUGCUGUCCUCUAUCCAUGCCUUGCUGCAGGCAGCUGGCAUGGAGGAUAUUGAAUCCAUCUUUAGGGUAUCAUAACAUAAUUCUAAAUUGGUUAAUACCCCCUUGGAAAUAAUUUUUUGUUUUUCGAAAUGUAAUACCAUCAAACAAGGCAAGUAAAAUUGUUCAGGUUGAAACGAAUCUUGACGUAAAUCCAAAUGCAUUUACCAUGAAUUAGGUAGAGUUGGUUAAAUUCUUGUAAAGAUAUAAAUUAAAAUCAUUUUCAUUAAUUAGGGAGUAGAAUCAAUCGAGUUCUAUCGAAUAUAAUUGUUGAAGCCUCCAUGUCCGGCAUAUCGUUUAUCUCCAGAGCACGAAUACAUCAUGUGCAUUAGUUAACAGACUGUUUUCAAUUAAUGAUAAGUUUACAGAGCGUAGUGUAUAACGUUCUAGUGAAAAACAUCUGUAUAUCUUCAUCCACUGCACAGUGGCAGAAACUACAUUUAUAAUUAUUUAUAAUACAUUAAAAUACUUCCAUUGAAAAAAUAGACCUUUUAUCUAAGGUUUCGACCGCUUUUGAAAAAAUACCUUGUGUACACACAGGCCAUCAAACAGAUUGUGUUUGUGCGAGCAACUAUAAAAGUUUCAGAACCCGUUUUCACCUAUGUUUUAUGUUCCCUUCUUUACUUUGCCCAGGAGUACUGAGCAAAUGAACCUUAUGGUGAACAGAAUUUUGCUCAAAAUACGAAUUUAAUUAUCAAUCACGUUUGGUAUUAUCUUCGAUUAUGUACACUUAACUGGUUGCUAAGAUCUCUGCAUACGCCACAACAAAAUAUAGUUUGUUUUAUUUACCUGCAGCCCUGAACUAUACCAUACCUCAUGUACAAUAGAAUUAUUUCAGUAUAUACGUAGAUAUACUUUUUGUCUUUGUGAAGCAAUGGAUUUGAGGGGUUCACUUCCCCCAGCACAUAUUGUUAAUAUUUUAUCUAGCAUCCCGAUAAGUUACGUUGUUAUUAUUUUAUUAUUACUAUCAAUAUUGAUAAUGUCUAACUUUAUGAGAUAAUAUUAUUCGACUAAGAGCAAUGUAUUAACUAAGCUAAGUGCAACUAUUGCGAGAUUAGUAGUUGGUUAUUAAUUAGGAAUUGUAUUUUUAAAUAAGAAUGUGUGCUGUGAGCGCUA